AUUGUUCACAAAUAGAAUGGAUUCGAAUGGGAACUACAAUAGCUACAAACGCUUUACUUGAACGAAAGGGAGAAAACGUUUUAUUCAUCACCACAAAGGGACUAAAGGAUGUAUUAAAGAUUGGAAACCAAAGUAGACCCAAAAUAUUCGAUUUAAAAGUUCAGAGACCAGAAGUAUUAUAUGAAGAUGCUUUGGAAGUUGACGAACGAGUCCGAAGACUGAUGCCCAAUGAAACUGUUCCUGAAGACGCUUUCAUAUUGGAUUUGCAAGAAGAAAAUUUGUCUGAUAUCCUUUCUAAAUAUCUUGAUUGGGUUCCGAAUGUUUUGGAGGCUCGAAAAGGCUCCAUCUAUGUAAAGGGUCUUUCUGGUGGAUAUUUUCAAGUUUUGACGGCACCUAAUCUAUCAAUAUUGCGUAGCUCAAUUGAGGAGAAACUCAAAAAUAGGAAUAUUUCAUCCAUAGCCGUAGCUUUAUUGCAUUCUUAUGCGUUUCCUUUGCAUGAAAAGUUGGUGGAAAAAGUAGUACAAACUUUAGAUGGAGUCGAACACCUAUCCUUGAGUCAUGAGUUGAUGCCAAUGUUGAAGAUAGUGCCAAGAGGAAGUACGAGUUGUGUCGAUGCUUAUUUGACUCCUAAAAUCAAAAAAUAUAUCAAAGGCUUUUGUUCAGGAUUUCAAAACCAACUCGAAGGUGUUCGCGUUCAGUUCAUGCAAAGUGAUGGAGGUUUAUGUCCUGUCCAUCAUUUUUGUGGUUUCAAAGCUAUUUUAUCGGGUCCUGCUGGAGGAGUAAUUGGAUAUGCUAUGACUUGUUAUUAUAGCGAUGCCAAUGUAAUAAGAGACGGGAAUGGAAACCUUCAAAGACGACCAGUCGUUGGUUUCGAUAUGGGAGGAACUUCAACGGAUGUAUCAAGAUAUAAUGGAACUUUGGAGCAUAUCUUUGAAACACAAACAGCUGGCGUGAUGAUUCAAGCUCCACAAUUAGAUAUCCAUACAGUAGCUGCUGGAGGAGGUUCUAGACUAUUCUUUCGUUCUGGUUUAUUUGUGGUCGGCCCUGAGUCAUCUGGUGCUCAUCCUGGUCCCAUAUGUUAUCGUAAAGGUGGCUAUCUUUCUAUUACAGAUGCCAAUGUAGUGUUGGGUAGAGUAUUGCCUGAUUUGUUUCCUAAAAUAUUUGGUCCACAAGAAAAUGAAUCUUUGGAUAUCCAAGGCUCUAGACAAGCAAUGGAGAAGUUGACCACGGAAAUCAAUGCAUUUCGCAAGCAGCAGGAUCCUCAUGUAGCAGAUUGGAGUGUAGAACAAGUUGCGUUGGGCUUUAUUCGAGUAGCCAAUGAGACCAUGUGCCGUCCUAUUCGUUCUAUUACAGAGGCAAGGGGAUAUGAUGUAUCUGAACAUACAUUAGCUGUAUUUGGAGGUGCUGGUGGUCAACACGCUUGUGCAGUUGCCCGUUCAUUGGGCAUGAAAAGAGUAUUUGUUCAUCGCUUUUCGGGUAUAUUGUCUGCAUAUGGUUUAGGAUUAGCAGAAGAUGUUACAGAAGCUCAGGAGCCUUGUGCCAUACGUUUGGACAAUAGAAAUCAUCAUGACCAACGACUAGGAGAGGCAUGCCAAAGACUAGAUAUUCUUUCAGAGAGAGCUACUGCAGAGUUGGCAUCUCGUGGAAUACCUUAUGAGAACAUCAAAGUAGACCGAUAUUUACAUCUUCGUUAUCAAGGUACAGAUUUCGGUCUUAUGAUUAGAGAGCCGGAAGAUGGAGACUACGUCAAAGCAUUUAUUCAUGAGUAUGAAACAGAACAUGGCUUUCGAAUCCUGGCAAGAGAUAUUUGUGUGGAUGAUGUUCGAGUAAGAGCCUAUGGUACAACUAGUAGUAUUGAAAAGCAUAGUCUAGAAGAAGCAAAGGAUCAUAGUCCUGGUCAACCUUUUAUGGUCUCAUCUUGUUAUUUUGAGCAGUUAGGUUAUACUUCUACACCUGUCUUCUUAUACAGUGCUUUAAAGGCAAAGGCGGAAAUUGAGGGACCUGCUAUGAUAGUUGAUCCAUCGGGUGGAGUUACAGCUGUUAUAGAACCCAACUGUCAUGCGUUCAUCACAGAAAGUGGAGAUUUGGUUAUCGAUGUAUCUGUUCAUAAACAUUCUUCUGAGAAUCGUCAUAUAUCGAUGAUGGAUAAGGAAGACGUGGAGUCACAACUCAAGGCUACUAUUGUCACCGAUCGACAACAUAGAGAAGAGGAGCAAGUAGAUCCUAUCCAGUUAUCUAUAUUUUCCCAUCGUUUCAUGUCGAUUGCUGAACAAAUGGGAAGAACGUUACAACGUACUGCAAUUUCCACCAAUAUUAAAGAAAGAUUGGACUUUUCUUGUGCCUUAUUUGAUGAAAGAGGCGGUUUGGUUGCCAACGCUCCUCAUGUUCCAGUACAUCUUGGUUCCAUGCAGGAUGCAGUUGGUUAUCAAAUACGCAAACUAGGAAAGGAGUGGAAAGCUGGAGAUGUUAUUUUGAGUAACCACCCUAUAGCAGGUGGUAGUCACUUACCAGAUAUUACUAUUAUUACACCCGUAUUUGUAGAUGGUAAACCGGUAUUCUUUGUAGCUUCAAGAGGUCAUCAUGCAGAUAUUGGAGGACUUACUCCAGGUUCCAUGCCACCUUUCUCAAGGAAAUUGGAUGAUGAAGGAUUGGCAUUGGAAUCUUUCUUAUUAGUACAUCAAGGUGAAUUUCGUGAAAGAGAAAUGGUCCUUGAAUUGGAAAAAGCUGGUUGUCGUUGUAUAGGAGAUGUUAUUUCAGACUUACGCGCCCAAGUAGCUGCCAAUCAAAAGGGAAUUCUUUUGCUCGUAGAUUUAUGUCGUUCCGCUUCUUUGGAAACCGUUCAAUCUUAUAUGCGAUACAUUCAAGCUGCUGCAGCAUGGUCAGUUCGUGAUAUGUUGAGGAAACUAGCUCAUCAGGCAUUGCAUUAUAAUCAAGAAACGACUCCACAGGACCUGGAAUUGGAUGUUCAAGUUGCGAGUAAAGAGUCUGUAGUGUUGAAAGCAGUGGAUUUUAUGGAUGAUGCUAGUCGUAUCGAAUUACGUGUCAUUAUCGACCCCAAUGAAGGAAGUGCCACUUUUGACUUUACAGGUACAACAGCUCAAGUAUAUGGAAAUACCAAUGCUCCUCGAUCAGUCACUGCCUCUGCUGUUAUAUAUUGUCUACGUUGUCUAGUUGAUAGAGAAAUUCCACUCAACCAAGGUUGUCUGGAUCCUAUUACUAUUGUUAUUCCUGAAGGAAGUUUAUUAAAGCCAAGUAGUGAUGCAGCUGUUGUAGGAGGGAAUGUUUUGACAUCUCAAAGAUUGGUCGAUGUAGUGUUGAAAGCAUUUGGAGCUUGUGCAGCUAGUCAAGGCUGUAUGAACAAUUUCACAUUUGGUAAUGCAAACGUGGGAUAUUAUGAAACUAUAGCAGGAGGUGCUGGAGCAGGUCCUGGUUGGAAUGGUUCUUCAGGAAUACAUACACAUAUGACCAACACUAGAAUAACGGAUGCAGAAGUAUUAGAAAGUCGAUAUCCAGUUUUACUAAGAAAAUUUCUUCUUAGAGAAAAUAGUGGAGGUCAAGGGAAAUAUCGAGGAGGCGAUGGUGUGAUUCGCGAAAUAGAGUUUCUAGUUCCGAUGACUGCGAGUAUACUUUCAGAGAGAAGAGUAUUCGCCCCUUGGGGUUCUGCUGGAGGAGCAGAUGGUUUAAGAGGUGAAAACUAUCUCAUACGCAAAAAUAAUCAAGUUAUAUUUCUUGGAGGAAGAAACUCCGUUCCUAUGAAUCCUGGUGAUGCUAUUCGAAUUCUUACUCCUGGUGGAGGUGGUUUUGGUUUGGCACAACUUAAAUGACACUGUUAUAAUGUGGUCCUAAUGAAUAAAGAUAACGAUGA